AUGGCCGCACAACGCCCUUCCGCCUUCCUCUCGCUGCCCGCGGAAUUGCGCAAUACCAUCUACGCACUUCUACUCACGGCUCCUGCUCAUGUCAAACAAUCGCGUCGGGUAGCGACGCGAGGGCUGUGCUCAGACUAUAUUCUACCACCACUCGACUUAUGUCCGGCGCUUCUGCGAACAUGCCGGCAAAUCCACGCCGAGGGGACGAGCGUACUUUACGGCGCCAAUCAAUUCGCAUGUCAUCCAUCAUUGCUCACCGCACUGCCAUAUCUGAUGAGCCCCCGACAACCAAUCACAGAAGGUCCCGGCAGAUGGAAGAUCAAGCGUUGGUAUAUCUAUCUUCGGCUUGAUGUAGACGCCCGAUUCACGGCGAAGCAGCUUGAGCAAGCAUUCUCCGGUGCUGAAGAACUCGAAGUUGAGUAUUUUCAGCCAGCCUAUGGAUACGGAGACAAUGGCACCCUGAAGCUGUUUGAAGGUAUACGAGGAGUUGGUCUUGCAAAAGUUACUGGCGGCAGCGGAUGUGACGCCGAGUACGCGAGAACGCUCGAAGCAAUGAUCAUGAGGCCGAUACACGAUGUCUCGAACUCUUGA